AUGGCGUUGAUACCAUACUUAUUGGAUUAUGAACCUAGACGGCUCCAGGAUGAGUUGUUUGGAUUAGAUUUGGCGGAGAACUUAAUCUCGAACAUCAUUGAGCGUCCCAUGCGUCAUUAUCGACGACCCUGGAGGAACCUAUCAGCAUUGCACCGCGAUGUUGGAUCUACAAUCAAAUCUGAUAAAGACAAAUUUCAAGUUAAUUUAGACGUACAGCAUUUUUUACCUGAAGAAAUAUCUGUGAAGACCGCUGACAGCUACAUUAUUGUUGAAGGCAAACAUGAAGAAAAGGAAGAUGAACAUGGCUAUAUUUCACGUCAAUUUAAACGAAGAUACGCGUUACCCGAAGGUUGUAAUCCUGGGAUGGUACAGUCCAGGUUAUCCUCCGACGGAGUGCUAACAAUCACAGCCCCAAAAACAAGUGGUGAAAAAGAUGAACGAACCAUUCCAAUAACUCAUACCGGUCCGGUUCGAAGGAAGAUUGGCGGUGGUGAUGAUGAAGUCCAGAACGGUCAGGAAGAGGUAAAAUCUCCACAGAAGAAAAAGAAGCGCUAA